AUAUAUAUAGAUAGAUAUAUAUAGCAAUAUGUCAAAAAUCAAGUAUCAUCUCAUUCAAACGGAAGUGACCUUAUUCGGUGACAGAUCCGGCGUAUAUAGAUUUCUCAAAAUCGGUGCAAUAUGUGCCACAUUUCUGUUAAUUGUAUGUUAUAGCAAUUGGACAAUUAGUGUUAAUACAACACCCAGUAAAACCUCGUUGCCGCCAAACGCAGCGAACUUAACCUAUAUUCUUGGGGAUAAGGGCGAUAAGGAUAUUGCCUUGGAGCAGUCAGCAUCAGUUGUGCAUCUGAAAAUAGAAACUACAACACAUUUAAAUCCUUCAUCGAAAUCAAAUACAAGCUUGGGUCCCAACAUAUUGGAUAAUUAUUUUGUGUACACCUCACAUUGUCGCAUGCCGGCGCUGAAUCCUUUUACCAAGGAUGUGCUCAAGAUUUUUAAAAAAAUGCAAUACGCAACUUGUGACAGGAGUAAGGUCCUCUUAUCGGUGGACUAUGAUGACCGGAUAGGACGCUAUAAGUUCCAUAUAAAUGAUACGAAUAUCAAAUGUUGUUAUCGAAAAGUUCAACGGAAUGGAAAAGGAGCUCGUGCAGAUAAUGAUUACAAACUGGCGUCAUGCGAAUAUUUCGAACAGGACUCUUUGGUACCUCAAGAUGUGGAUGCUGCCGUUACCGAAUGCCGUCGGUUGAAAGAGAAAAGCCUGUUGCAACACGCUGCCUUUGGAUUUGUGCAACCAAAGGAACAACUUAUGAAUAACUCAUUUGCGAAUGAUUCACUUGAAAGUGAAUCCUUUGAGAGCAGACCCAGUGUCCUGCUGUGGGGCAUUGAUUCCAUGUCACGCAUGAACUUUGAACGGACCAUGCCCCUAAUGUUCAAGUAUCUGAGGGAGGAGAAUUGGUUUGAGCUGAGGGGCUAUAAUAAGAUGGGCGAUAAUACAUUUCCCAAUUUGAUGGCUCUGCUGACUGGCUUCAAUAGCACGAGAUCAUAUUCGGUGUGUCGGCCAACAGCAGUGGGUGGCAUGGAUGCCUGUCCGCUUAUGUGGAAAGACUACAAGAAGCAUGGUUAUGUUACAGCUUAUGCCGAGGAUUGGGGCAAAUUCGCCACGUUCAACUACAACAAGAAGGGAUUUGCUAAGCCGCCAACGGAUUACUAUCCGCGUCCUCUGAUGCUCGCCGCUGAGAAGGAACUAAAGAAAGUUGUGGUUUCAAAUAUACCCUACUGUUUGGGCCAUCGUCACUAUGCGGAAUAUAUUUAUGAUUUUGCAAUACAAUUCACUAAGGUCUAUAGGAAUCAAUCGACCUUUGGGAUGUUUUGGACAAACAGUUUUAGUCAUAACAAUUUUAUGUUGCCCUCAUCGAUGGAUACAAAGAUGCUGGAAUAUAUGCGUACACUGAGCGAAAGUGGGGUUCUUGAGAAGUCUAUAGUGAUUUUCUUCAGUGAUCAUGGUAUGCGUUUUGGGCCACUGCGAAGAUUGGACAGUGGCUUUCUCGAGGAAAGAAUGCCCAUUAUAUACAUCUGGCUCCCCCAGUGGUUUAAGGAUAAAUAUCCUGUAUUUGUGCAUAAUUUGCACUCGAAUAGGAAUCGCUUAACUUCUCCUUACGAUAUCUAUGCCACUUUAAAACACAUUCUGCAACUUGAGACGCCACUAGCUGAGUUACCACGUCCUGAAGGAUGUCCCAGUUGCCACAGCCUAUUUCACGAAGUGGCCGAGACGAGAGACUGCAAUGAUACGGGCAUAAGUGCUCAUUGGUGCACUUGCCACACCUUUAAAUAUAAUUCGAAGAGUGAUAAUCAUAUCAAGGAGGUGGCACAACAAUUAAUCGAUGCCACAAAUGAUUAUCUUAAAUCCAAUAAUCUAACUAAAUUAUGUCAAACAUUAAAACUCUCAAAUAUUGAGUCGGUGCAGCGAAAAAUUGGCCACGAAGUCAAGGAGUACGAGUCCUAUCUGAUUAGAUACGAAGCUGAACCAGAGAAUGCAAUCUUUGAGGCAUCCGCAAGUUGGCAUAAUAAUACAAGAAAAAUGUCCAUUCAUGUGCCCGAUAUAAGUCGCUUGGACUCGUAUCGUAAAAUAUCCGAAUGCAUUGAGGAUAAUAUUGCCAAAAAGUUUUGCAUCUGCUUCCCUGAGACGCUGAGACGCCAUUAAAAGAAAGGGAUAAAUGGUAAAAUGAAGCUGUGCAAAAGUACAGACAGAAAAAUGCAUUUACUUCCUCAU